GGUCCUGAUAGGGCCCAUAGUAAUCAUCGCCGGCGAGUCAUAAUCUGAUCCGUCCUUUGUGUUUGUCUCCUUUUAGGUUGUCAGGGUCUUUUAGGAUAUAGCUUCUUUCGUCACAUCUCACAUAUGUUACAAUGAAUGAAUCAAUUGGAACCAGUUUGAUGCUCAACACUGUGAUCAUAUUCAGUGCAAAGGACCGACGUGCUUGUCGGCGUGUGGAGAGAAUCCUUGUCUGCCUGUGCAUCUCCAUAAACUGUCGAUUUCCGAAGUGUACCUAGAAUCAUACCUCGACAUUGAAUGUUCAAUUCACAGCCAAUUUGACUCAUCGUUCAAUUCACUAAGAUCUCAUCAGGUUCAUUCUUUAAAACAAAAACAACGCAGAUCAGAUCCAAGUGCACGCGUUCGCCUGUCAAAUACUACUCUCAACAUGGAGAACAGGAUUAAACAGCUUACUCCAGUACAGCUCUUUUAUGGACAUGUGUAAAACCUACAGUGAGACUCACAAAUGUUCGUAAUAAGAGUCAGCUGGUAUACAGGAAUUGAAGACUUUUUCAAACCAGCGAGAAGAAGUGGAGGUAUUCACCUUGUGACGAGACCAACAAUGAACGCACAUCUUCAGAACUCCAGCAUACCUCUUGUUGUGGACAGCAAGGGGCAGAGGAGCAAUGUCCGUUCGUUAGAUCCAGCGUCCGGUCAAAUCAAGUAUUCCUCGGUAAUCUUAAAAAAUCCUAUGCAAGUAUAUACUUCUGACACCCACGAGGACAAGUGGAUCGACAGCAUUGGUCUAAGGAAUAGCAACACCGAUCCUAAACCAAAUCGAGAGAGGCAACAAGACAACAAAAUGACAACUUCCACCAUAUGA